GUGCAGUUGCACCUUGACAUGCGGAGACCCCAAGGCCCACGCUGGGGCAUGUCUAGCAUGCCCAGAUGGAGAGUAAAAGGAUAUACAAAAGGCGGGAUGAAACCCUCACCGAUCCUGUUCCUUUCCUCGGAUUCUUUCUGUCCUGGUUCUAUUGCCUUGCAAGGUGAACUCAUACCAGGAAAUCCUCACCCCUGACACCUGUUUUAUACACCGCCACCAUGGCUGAGAGUGAGAAACCACAUGAGAAGAGAUCGCAGUCCAGCGACAGAACCGCCAUUGGUGCCAGUGCAGCCAAUGUCGAGCACGCUGGAAAACGCCAAAGAAGUUCAGUCGUCGACGCUGACUUCAACAACCUGAGCGCGGCCUUCGAGAAUCCGUUGAGCGAUAUUCCCAGGGAACAGCUGCUGCAGGAUGUCGAGACCUUCUGCUCCAAGCACAACCUCAUGGACUACCUCGACUCCUUCAAAAAGGGCGCCUUGAUUGCGCAGCGUCCUCACGAAGCCAACUCUAUCCCUGAAUUGACGCAGGAGGAUCGCGAUAUACUGACCCGUGAGCAUACCCAUCGAUGGCAUCAGCCUUGGACUCUCUAUUAUCUCGUAGUGAUGUGCAGUCUCGCGGCCGCGGUGCAAGGUAUGGAUGAGACUGUCAACAAUGGCGCUCAGGCUCUCUAUCUCAAACAGCUUGGUUUAACAGACACAAACCGCUUCUCGACAAACAUGCAAGACAAUCUCACUGGGUUGGUUGUCGGCGCACCAUACCUUUGUUGCGCCAUACUUGGUUGCUGGUUGACCGAGCCUAUGAACAAACUCUUUGCUCGACGAGGCACGAUCUUCAUCUCCUGCUUCAUUGCCGCCGUUGCUUCAAUCUGGGAAGGAGUCGCAAACUCCUGGGUCAACCUGUUCUUGGCUCGGUUCGUACUUGGCCUGGGUAUCGGUCCCAAGUCUUCGACUGUCCCUGUCUACUCUGCCGAAUGCGCCCCAGCUCCUAUCCGCGGCGCUCUCGUCAUGAUGUGGCAGAUGUGGACGGCUUUUGGCAUCAUGUUAGGAAACAUCAUGGGCGUCGCCUUUGGCGGAUUGAGCGAAGAUCUCGGCUGGAGACUCAUGCUGGGAAGCACUGUGGUCCUUCCCAUCAUCGUUUGUGCACAGGUCUACUUAUGUCCAGAAAGUCCAAGGCAUGUCACUUGUCUGUCAGUAUGUGCAACGAGGAUCUUGCUGACAAGGCGUAGAUGGUAUAUCCAGCACAACCACCCUGAAAAGGCUUUCCGGUCAUUCCAACGUCUCCGACACUGCGAUCUACAGGCGGCAAGAGAUACAUACUAUACCUACGUCGGAGUGGAAUUGGAGCGCCAUGCUCUGAAGGGGAAGAAUCUGUUCACUCAAUUCGUCGAGCUCUUCACUAUCCCUCGCAAUCGUCGUGCCGCCUUGGCUAGUUGGAUUGUCAUGUUUGGUCAACAAUUCUGUGGUGUAAAUGUGAUUGCGUACUAUAGUACCACCAUCUUCAUCGACUCUGGAUACUCUACAACAGACGCAUUGCUGGCAUCGAUGGGUACCGGUAUCUUGAACUGGGUCUUUGCGCUGCCCGCCGUUUUCACCAUCGAUCGCUGGGGUCGUCGUGUCCUCCUACUGUUCACGUUUCCAUUCCUUUGCAUCACUCUUUUGUGGACGGGAUUCAGUUUCUGGAUCAAGAACAACAAAGCCAAGGUCGGAAUGGUCACUACCGGCAUGUAUCUCUUUGAGUGCUUCUACAGUCCUGGCGAAGGUCCUGUGCCGUUUACAUACUCGGCCGAAGCGUUCCCUGUGACGCACCGUGAUGUGGGCAUGAGCUUUGCAACAGCGACAACAUGGUGUUUCAACUUCAUCUUGAGCUUCAGCUGGCCGCAUCUCCUGAGUGCCUUCAAGGCGCAAGGUGCAUUUGCUUGGUAUGGUGCAUGGUGCCUUAUCCUUUGGGUACUCAUUCUACUUUUCGUUCCUGAGACCAAGGCCCUUACCCUCGAAGAGCUUGACCAAGUCUUUGGAGUGAGUACUCGGAAGCACAUGAGCUACCAGAUGAAGAAUGCUAUUUGGCAUUUCCGCGUCUGCGUUUUGAGACAGAAGCUUGAACCACUGCCUCCGUUCUAUCGACGGGCGGAAAAACUCAACGAGGCGUGA